AUGGCUCCAAUCGUCACAACGUUUCAUGAAGGGAUAUGUUGUUUCCAUGAUAACCGCUCGUGCGGUGUUAGCAUUGUCAUGGGGCUGCUUUUCCUACCAAAGUUUGCAUAUGAAUUGCACAAACUAAUCAAGAGAACCAUAGCCAAGAGAAAGAAAAAAAAGUUUUUUAAACGCAAUGGUGGCUUACUUCUUAAACAACAUGAAGCAACUAAAGAGGGUUUAGUUGAUAAAACCAUACUUUUCACCUCCAAGGAGUUGGAAACAGCCACCGAUCAUUUUAAUGAGAAUAGAAUCCUUGGGCGAGGAGGUCAAGGUACGGUGUAUAAAGGUAUGCUAGCGGAUGGAAGGAUUGUAGCAAUCAAGAAAGCAAAGAUUGUUGACGAAAGCCAGUUAGAGGUAUUUAUCAAUGAGGUUGUGAUUCUGGCACAAGUCAAUCAUAGGAAUGUGGUUCAGCUAUUGGGAUGUUGCCUAGAGACUGAGGUUCCUCUACUUGUCUCUGAGUUCGUCCCAAAAGGCACCUUGUAUGAUUAUAUUCAAGAUGAUACCGGUGAGUUACCAUUCUCGUUGAACAUGAGAUUGCAAAUUGCUGCUGAAGUUGCAGGAGCAGUUUCUUAUUUACAUUCAGAGACUCCCAUUCCAAUAUACCACAGGGACAUCAAGACCACAAAUGUACUUUUGGAUGAAAAGUACAGAGUCAAAGUUUCAGAUUUUGGAACUUCAAGGUUGGUAUCAGUAGAUCAAACUCACUUAACUACCUUAGUCAAAGGGACGUUUGGUUACUUUGAUCCAGAGUACUUCCAGUCGAGUCAGUUCACCGAGAAAAGUGAUGUGUAUAGUUUUGGAGUUGUUUUGCUCGAACUUUUUACAAGAGAGAAGCCUAUUUCCUUAACUAGAUUUGGUGAACACAGAAAUUUAGCUACACACUUUAUGUUUGCUAUGGAAGAAGGUCGUGUGAUGUGUAUAUUUGACCCAGUGGUUGUACACGAGGAUUCAAAGGGUGUGGUUUUGGAAAUUGCCAACUUGGCAAUGCGAUGUUUGAAUUCCAACGGGAAACAUAGGCCAACAAUGAAAGAAGUAGCCAUGGAGUUAGAAGGCAUGAGAAUGUCACAAGUGCCUGCUACAAUUCAAACUAGUUACGGACACACUAAUCAUAAUGAAGAUUUACCCGUGUUUACGGGUGACGAGUCAACACCAACAACAGUGAGUUUCAAAGACAGCAUUAAUGAGUAA